ACUACACUUUCUUUUACAGGUGAUAUAGAACGGAUUAUAAAUAUCCCACCCAAUGUAAAUUUGAAAUUAAAAGAAUAUUUGUUCCCUGAACACUUAGACUAUGUGGAGCUGGAGUAUGAUUCUAGUGCUAAUAAUGCAACAGUGAAGACACAAAAGCCACUGGAUGUUGACUCUAUUGAGAGUGACCAUCUCUUUUACUCUAUUGUUUGCCAAAGGUCUGGAAUGACUGAAAUAGAGAAUGCACGGGAUUUACAAUUAGAAGAUGUAAAUGACAAUUCUCCAGAAUUUCUACAAGCUCUCUAUAACACUUCAGUAUCCGAGGUAUCUGCAAUAAAUUCCAUAGUUAUAAAAGUGGAAGCUCAAGAUAAAGACCUGUCACCUUUGUUCAGCCACAUUAGUUACAGCCUUUGGGGCCCGAACUCUGAUUACUUUUAUAUAAGGGAAGGAGAUGGAAAUAUCAUGGUGAAUAAAACUUUGGAUUACAACAAGAUCAACCAUUUCAAUUUAACAGUCCAAGCAAAGGAAAGAUUUGGAAACAACAGCAAUACUGUAUCAUUAAUAAUUGAUGUACAAGACUAUGACACAUUGAACCCCUAUUUCAGUCUACCAGUGUACAAUGGAACAAUCAGUGAAAACCAGUUGGGUCCUUUGUCUAUUCUUCCAGAGAAGGUAUUGGCUAAAGAUGGAGACACUGGUAUAAAUGAAAAAGUAUAUUACAGCAUCAAGCUAGUGAGCCCUCCAGCCUAUAGCAACACCUUUUCAAUCAAUGCUGAUAGUGGAAUAUUGGAAGUAAAGACUGCAGUUGACAGAGAAGAAUGUCCUUAUCUUAUUGUGGGCAUUGAGGCAGCACAGCAAGACAACAUUCUGAAAACAGCUGAUGCUAUAGUACUGGUUACUAUUGAAGAUGUAAGCGACAAUCCUCCAGUUUUUUCACAGUUAAGCUACAAUGUCUCAAUUCUAGAAAAUUUCCCAAAAGGAAAGGAAGUUCUUCGAGUAGAAGCUGUUGACAAAGAUGAGGGAGGCUUCCAGGGAACAUUCAGUCUUACUCCAGCUGAUAGUCCCUUCCAGAUAAGUCAAGAUGGGAUUCUAACUGUGAGGAACUCCACACUGUUGGAUAGGGAGCAAAUACCAUCUAUUCAUCUACAGGUCACUGCCAGAGAUCACUUGUCGCCUUAUGAUGAGGCACAAUCUGCAAUCAACAUAUUGUUGCUAGAUGAAAAUGACAACAGCCCAACCUUUACAGACACACGAUAUGAACAAGUUAUUUUCAUCAAUAUGACUGCAGGAAUGCCCAUUCUUCAGGUUGCUGCUGAUGAUCCAGAUGAUGGCAUAAAUGGAGCAAUAAGCUUUGUCUUAGCUGGUGGCAAUGAAGAUGGAUACUUUGAAAUGGAUAAAGCCACAGGACAAAUCAAUUUAAAAGCAGUAAUCCCAUUAAGAAUCAACGAGAGUAAAAACUUUGUCCUAUGGGUAACAGCUACUGAUGGUGGGACAAAUCCAAGGAGUUCAUCAGUGCCAGUGCACAUCUUUGCAGUUGGAGAUUCCAGACCUCAGUUUAUUCAGAAAACAUAUAAUGUGUCUGUGAAGGAAGAGCUAGUCAGUCCUGUUGAAGUGGCAAGAGUAAAAUAUGAGUCUCUAACCCCCCAUAUACCAGUUAUAUUGAGAGUACUGACAGAAUCAGCAACAUUUGAUGUUGACAUCAAUGGAACCAUCUGGACAAAAAUCAAACUGGACUAUGAAUCCCAGAAUAAUUACAUACUAAAUAUUUCCUUGUCAGAUGGAAUUACUACUGACUAUGCUACUGUGUUUAUCCAAGUUACAGAUGUCAAUGAUAACAGUCCUGUGUUUGGUGUAACCAACACUACCAUUAAGAUUCCAGAGAACACACCAGCUGGAACUUUUGUUACCAGUGUGCCAGCUACUGAUGUGGAUACUGGUUUUAAUGGAUUAGUGGUUUAUAGUCUGAAAGGUGCAGAGGGAAAAAUGGAUAUUGAUGCCUCAGGAUUAAUUUUGCUGAAAAAGGAAUUGGACAGAGAAAUGCAAGGCAUCUACGACUUAGAAGUGAUUGCUAGCGACCAAGGCCAACCUAGGCUUUCUACAGUUCUCAAUUUAACAGUUGUCAUUGAUGAUGUGAAUGACAACCCUCCAGUCUUCUUAUCAAGUAGGUAUGAAGUGACUGUCCCUGAAGACAAAGCACAUGGAAGUGAAUUACUGACAGUAUCUGCUACAGAUUUGGAUGCAGGCACCAAUGCCCUCGUGAAGUACAGGAUUAUUAGCCAACAACCUCUAACUUCCUCGCCAGUGUUUCUUGUCAAUUUGACUACUGGACAGUUCUUCCUGAGCCAGCAGCUGGAUUAUGAAACCACAAAGCAAUUUGAAGUAGAACUGGAGGCAUCAGAUGGAGGGCAGCCAAGUCUUAACACUAGCACGCAAGUUGUUAUCCAUGUACUAGAUGUCAAUGAUAAUCCACCAAAAUUUAAUCAAGCAACUUAUGAUAUAGUUGUGGUUGAAAACAUACAAAAGGGUAGCCCUAUCUGUACAUUCAGUGUUACUGAUGAUGAUGAGGCUGGCUUUUCUCAAGGACACUUCAUUCACAACAGUACUUUUUUUACUGUGGAUAUUCCUGGAGUACUUUCAUUAAGAAAUGACACAGAAUUGGACAGGGAGACUACACCUGGAUUCACUUUACAAGUAUGGGCAGUUGAUGCUGAAAAGGAUGGUCUUAAUUCAAGUUGCUUGUUUCACAUCACAGUUUUAGAUGUCAAUGAUAAUAACCCUGAAUUUCAGAUGCAGUCUUACAGUUUUGCAGUCCUAGAGGGAGAUUACAGGUUGGGUGCUCCUCCUGUAGUUGGACAUGUAACUGCUACUGAUUUGGAUGAGGGAGAUAAUGCACGAAUUUCUUAUCACUUAUCAUCUGAGGAUGGGGAUAACCCAUAUGUCAUCCAGCAGGAUGGAACCAUUUUGGUUAAUGGCUAUGUAGAUCGUGAAACCAAAGAGAAAUAUGAACUGCUGUUGGUGGCAUCUGAUAAUGGAAUGCCUCAAAGGCAGAAUUUCACAUACAUCAGCAUUCAAGUAUUAGAUGUGAAUGAUAAUGUUCCUCUGUUUACAAAAAUGCACUACUUGGCCAGCAUACAUGUAGCAACAGCAAAAGAAGGAGCGUUUGUACUAUCAGUGUCUGCUACUGACCUUGACAUCGGGAACAAUUCUGUUAUUUCAUACAGCCUAGAGAACUAUUCUGAUAUUUUCCAUAUAAGUAACCAUACUGGAGAGAUCAUCCUCAUCAGUAGCUUGGCCCACGUCACAGCUGAUACGGUUGUUACACUGACGGUUAUUGCUGCUGACCAUGGAGUUCCUCAGCUUGCAUCAAAUGUCUCUGUUACUGUCUACCUGCUGGUAAAUGACACUGGCUUCGGACUGGCUUUUGAAAGCUCCAGCUACGAGUUCAGCAUUCCAGAAGAGGAACCUGCUAGGACUGUUGUUGGCUCUGUGAAGGCACUGACUGGAAGCAUAGCCAUACAAGUAGCAUACUUUCUGAGAUCACAUACUGACAAGUUCACUAUUAGUGACCAAGGAGACAUUGUGACUCUUGCCACGCUAGAUCGAGAAGAUGAUGACCUAUACAGCAUCGUGGUAGAAGCUGUUGAUUCUGUGGUGCCACCCAACACAGCUAUUGCUUUGGUAACCGUGAGAGUAAGUGACAUCAACGACAAUCCUCCAGUUUUCUCAAAAUCGAUUCAAACAAAACUAUCUCUUCCUGAGAAUGCGGCUCCUCUAGAUCUGGGAACAUUUUCUGCUACUGAUCUGGAUAUAGGAGAUAAUGCAUUUAUAAGCUAUUAUUUGCAAGAUGAUUUUGCUGGAAUGUUCCAUAUUAACACUUCCACAGGCAAGCUAAUGACAGGAACAUCCUUAGACAGAGAAACAAUGGAGAAUUAUGAGCUGAAAAUAAUAGCCACUGACUCUGGCAAACCACCACUAUCUACAAGCUUAGCUCUAAGCAUUGCUGUAGAAGAUGUAAACGACAACCCACCUGUGCUCUCCCAGGAGUUGUACUCAGUGAUUGUAAAAGAGAAUGAUCCUCCACAUGUGAUUUUAAGCAUAACAGCCACAGACAAAGACACCGGGUACAAUGCCAUUAUUCAUUACACUAUUAUUGAAGAGACUUCAUUUCAUGUUGGAGAAUUUUCUGGAGCUAUUUCAACAGUGCAACCUCUGGACUAUGAAAGCUGUGCCCAUUAUACAUUUACACUAAAAGCUUUCAAUCCUGGUGAGCCCCAUCUCCAAGAUGCAGCAAACAUUACAGUUAUUGUGGAAGAUGUUAAUGAAGAAGGACCCAUGUUUGAUAAGCCCUCGUAUUUCCAGAUCCUUCCAGACAAUUCUACAGCUGGUACAUUGGUGGUAGAUAUUGAUGCAAGAGAUGAAAGUAAAGGUUAUGAUGAAGGCAUUUUCUACAAUAUUACAGAUGGAAACUCAGAACGCCUCUUUAAUCUUUCCAGUACCUCAGGAGUACUCACAUUAACAAGAGACUUAAACAAACAGACUUUCCCCCUGUAUUAUUCCUUGGCAGUCACUGCUACGGAUUCAGGUCUGCCACCACUUUCAACUUCUGUAAAGGUGUCAGUAACUAUAGCUCCCACCAACAUUUCAUUCCCAGUGUUCUCUGAAGCAGUCUAUCAGCCUGCACCUCUGAGUGAGAAAACGCUGCCAGAUACGUUUGUUGUACAGAUCACUGUGUUGUAUAAGGUCCCUGUGAUAUACAGCAUCGUGUCUGGAGAUGAAAAGGGAUAUUUCAUUAUCGAUCCAUCCACUGGUAUCAUAAGAACGGGAAAGAAAUUAACAGUGGAAGAUUUUCCAUUCUUUUUCAAUGUGAGAGCAACAGAUUCAUCUACUGCUAGCAUAUACAAUGAAGUUUCUGUGUAUGUGGAAGUCGUUGAUGAAAAUGAUUUCCCUCCAGUUUUCACAUCCUCUCUACUGGAACAACGGCUGGAAGAGAAUUUGCCUGCUACCCAGAUUGUCCACCUGGUAGCUCAGGAUAACGAUACAGGUAGAAAUGGUGUCCUAACAUACAGCAUUCUCAGUGGAGAUGGAACAAAAUUCCGGAUAGAUGAAACAACUGGAAUUCUUUAUUCCACUGUCUCCUUUGAUUAUGAAGAGGAACCUACAGAGUACCAGGUUGUAAUAUAUGCUGAAGAUGAUGGAAUCCCUGAGAAGAAAAGGGGUUACUGCACAGUUGUCGUAAAGAUCACUGAUGUUAACGACUGGCCACCUGUGUUUAAUCCAGUGACUCCAUUCAGUGUAAACGAAAAUGUGGAUGUGGAAUUCAUAGUUGGAAAAGUCACAGCAACAGACAGAGACACAGGAGACAAUGCUUUUGUUCUUUAUAGCCUUACAGGUGGUGGUGGAGAAAUAUUUGAAAUAGAUGCAAUACUUGGGAACAUUAUGAUAAAGAACUCUCCAGACUAUGAAAAUGUGAAUAAGUAUACCCUUACAGUGAAUGCAGUCAACAAUAAAUCUGCCCCUUUCUAUCAGGCAACUACUAAUGUCACUGUUCUAGUGAUUGAUGUGAAUGAUAAUGCUCCAGUAUUUGUUCAGAAUUCCUAUUCCGCUUCUAUAAACAUGAUUAAUCCAGUAGGUGCUCAUGUCAUAACUGUGCAUGCUACUGACAAAGAUCAGGGGCAAAAUGGCCUUAUUGAAUACUACAUUAUCCCAGAUCUAAACUUCAGUGUAUUCUUCUUGAUAGAAGAUGAGAGUGAGGGGAAAAUAAUAACAACUGGAAACCUGUCUAGAUUUGAAGAGAUUCAUUUAACAGUGAUGGCAAAGGACAAAGGUUCUCCAUCUUUAAAUGGCACUGCUGUGAUUACUCUUAAUGUGACUGAUAACCGUCCAUUUGUUCCUCAUUUUAUUGAGAACAAAAUUAGCAUUUCAGUUGUGGAAAACACAGGAGUGGAUCAUUCAAUUUACACUUUUGCUGUGGCCGAAACUUCAGGAAAAUCAAUUGUUUACACAAUUGUAUCUGGCAAUGAAAAAGGUCAUUUUAGAUUGGAUCCAAAGAGUGGUCAGCUGAAUACAGCAAUUAAUUUGAACUAUGAGGAAGCUUCUCAGUAUGUGAUUUUAGUAGAAGCAAAUGAAAAUGUUUCAUCUGCUGCACAAGUCCAGUCUUCAGGUCUGUUUGCUCAAAAUGUGGUGAUGCUGACAAUCGCAGUGCAGGAUGUAAAUGAAAAGCCAACAUUUCUGAAUAGCAUGUACUCUGUUCUGAUACCAAGCUCUGUGCCAUACAAGUACCCAGUUAUUACAGUUCAGGCCACAGAUCCAGAUGCAGGAGGCAAUGGACUUUUGACGUACAGCUUAUUGAAUUAUCAAGAAGAAUUUGAUGUCAAUGAAAAUACAGGGCAGAUUUAUACAGUUUUUUUAACAAGAAGGGCUGGAUCACUUUUUCUGGAACUCCAAGCUGCAGACCAAGGUGGACUCACAGCCCGCGCAACAGUCAAUGUAAGGAAGAGUGCUAUCUACAGUCCUAACUACUUUCUAUGUCAAAACUCUAUAAAAUAAAGGCUAGGUUUGGUA